GAUGUCUGCAAGCGGCAAAUAUGUUUCAGGACUCUCUUGCCUUUGAGUCAGCCCCCGAGGCGCUCAUGAGAGGAAGAAAAUCACCUUCACAGACUCAUGACUGGGUGACAUAAAAUUCACAAAUAGAUCGGCUCGGUGGCGAGUUAAAAGGAGCUGCGGUCGCUCGCUGGGAACUGGGAACGUCCGACGACACCACGCCGGGUAAAGACCCUCUGAAGACCGCCGGAUCGAACCGAUUUUGCAUUCAAUAGCCUGAAAAUCAAACUGGAUGAAGCAGCUUUUCAUUGACGACAAUUCCCCAAACGCAACCUCACCUUCUCAGAACCUUCUCGCUCAUUUCACACCUCUUGUCGCGGCUCUGUGUUUGAAGAGAUUCCCCCAACUUGUUUGAACACUUGACAGCUCUGACCCACUUAUCACGCUCCUGUCAGCAGAAGGGAAAACGCUGCAUUUAGCAGGCGGCGUCAGCACUGUUUUACAUUCAAGGCCACUGAUCCGCUGACCUCCUGAUCUAAUUAGCCGCACAUGUGCUCGCGCGCAGACACACACCUGCUGUCGCUGGCCCCCGCGGAUGCUUCCAACAGUCUCGUGUUUGUGACACCUGGCUCACGCUCUUUAACAGCUAUAUACCCGAUUGUGUGUCAGAGGUCCAUCUGCACGCUAUUAACUCCCAUCGAGAGCACCGACCUUGACUGUGAUCAGACGCGUGUUUGUGUGUUUGCGUCGGCGGGAGGCCGUGUCACAUCCUGUCUGCUCUGGUUGAGAGUGAGAAUGGGAGCCAGUGUGGCAGAGCAGCCCUGAUAAAUACUCUAAAAACAAAACCGCCUGAGGGGCCGCCGCUCCAAUCAGAAAGCCAUAGAGCUUCAUUACACCAUUUAGUCAGUUCCUCAAAACGCCUGACAUUUAAAAGUAGCCCAUACUAAUUGAAAAGUGUGUGCGUAUGUGUCUGACACAUUGUCAGAGCAGAUUAGGGCCAGGCCUUUCUGGGUCAUGUCACUUUGACUGACCUAGAUUUGACUAAGUAAACUGUAUAUGAAAGUCCUGCUGUGAUCAGAAUACGUCACACUUUCUCACCUGGAGGUUAUCUGCUAGCUUCUUAUUUAGCCUACAUGCUCUUCACCCAGCAACCAGAGUCUGCAACAUAAAACAUAUAAACUGCCUUCUUAGUAAGCCUCGCAAUCGCGCUCCCAAUCUCGGCCUCUCCUUCUGCAUCACCCCUCAUGAACACCUUCCCUCCCUUCCCCGCACCUCCUCCCAAUACACCAACCAUCCAGUCAGUGUGUAAGCUCUGCCUUCGGGCCCCGUGGAGGAUGAACGAUGUGCCCACACUUGACUACGAGUUGCUGCUGUCCCCGGCCAGCUCCUCUCUCCCUGGUAGCCCUGGCGGUGGCAGCAGCAGCCCCCCUCUGGCCUUGGUUGGGGUGGACAAUGAGCAGCGUACCGCCUUGGCCUUCGUAGGCCUCCUCAUGCUCUUCCUGGUCUUCCUGCUGGUCAGGUGCUUCAGGAUCCUGCUGGACCCCUACAGCCGCAUGCCUGCAUCAUCCUGGACUGACCACAAGGAGGGGCUGGAGAGGGGCCAGUUUGAUUAUGCUCUGGUGUAGGGUGAUAUGUAAAGAAGGGGCGAAAAGGCAGAUAUUUCAUUGCACAUAGACAGAAUCUUUAAGAGCAUCGACUAAUUUAGAUGUGGGAACGGACUGUACCAAUGCAUAAUACUGUGAAUGCACUGUAAGAGGGGGGUUUACCUGAUGUUGGCAUAUACCUAGUGUGUAUCACUGUAUUGCAGCCUGUGUACUGGUGUAAAUAUAAGGCUGCAGGAUGCAACCAUAAAAAAUCUGGUUCAACAACAGGCACGCAGAGAACUGGAAUCCCUGUGAGCGGAACACUCGUCCAAACCCAGAUGUGGAACGAGGAAGGACAGAAAUAAUGAGCUGCACAGCUGCCUUAACCUGACCUACUGUACUAGUCGAUCAUGCUAACACAUCACUUCACCUUAGGGCUAGGUUUUCCGAGCUCCAGAGCUUAUCGGCAUGAAUACACAAUAUGAUUUUUGGAAAGAUUCCCUCACGUCACAGGUUCUAACCACAGAACUGAAUGGAAGGAGUUUACACUUAAAGCAGAUGCCCCUUUAAUGAACCAAUGUCCACUGUAAAGCGUCCAAGUGCUGAUCCAGGAGCACCAUGUUUUUUUGAUUUUGGACACUGAUCCUCGAGCAGCACUUCAGUUUCAGAUGCUUUUUAAGGCCCCAGCAGGUAGUUUGUGUCACCAUAAAAUUUUGCCUGUGUAUGUUUUGUGUGUUACUGUGUCUAUAACUGAGAAGCCAUAUUGAAACAGUAUAAUCUCUUAUUACUGCAAGUAGAGUUUAUGUUCUCUGGUUGUGUCCUUUGCUUUAGUCAGCCUGCCAAGUGUGGUGGUGAAGCAAACAGCAACCUUUAGGCAAAAGAAAGCUUUAUUUUUCUAUUCUUGACUCAAGUUUGGGAGUCUCCUUUUUGCUAUCUUUCUGUCCUCUUCCUCUUACUGUAUCAACCUUUAGACUGUGGAUUUUUAAGGUAGUCAUGCAGCCAAGUCUUAGACGGCAAAGCAGGUCGCUUUGCUUUUUUUUGUGUGUUUUUUAAUUACAUAUUUUUCUGACUAUCUGCUUUGUUUUUGAUACACUGGGUUGAAUCAGUGAAAAUAUAUACAUAAAAAAACAAAACAAAGGAUUUUCUUCUUCAAUUUCUCUUCUGAAUUUCCACUGAUAGCUGGACUGCGUGGA